AUAGUAAAGAAUAAAGUAUAUAAAAAUAAGAUUUAGAGCAGUUCCUGUGUGACAUUUAUUUGUUUGUGUUUGUGCAAAUAACGCAUGCUAAGGGAACAACCCAUGCAAAACGGGCAAUAAGAAACAGCUUCACAGCAAGCGAACAAAAACAAAACAUUAUUAAAUUUUUAAAAAUUAAGCAAAAAAUGUUUCAGAAGUUAAUGAAGGAGUUGGAAUAGACUUUCUGUACGCAUGCAUACGCAUGUUAUAUGGAUGAAAAUGGCCAAUCUCAUAUUGAUAGCGUGCUUAGCAAUUUUGGCGAUAUUGAUUACAAUAUCACUAUUUUUGGCUGGAGGGUAUUUAUGGUGGCGUCACAAACGUUCACAAUUACAGUUUAUAGAACCUACUGAAGACGAAAACUCCAGCAGCUAUAGUCUAAAAGUACCGCAAGCUGGCGUUCAAGAUAUUUAUGAUGUCGUCACACAACCUUCAAAACCACCGCAACCGCAACAAACUCAGCUAACAACUACACCGGCUAAUCCUUUACAAAAUAACCUCAAUCGCAAAUUAAAUGGAUUUCUUAAUCUGAAAACACCCCUUAUCGGGUCUUCGAGUCCUGCAGUGCCAUCAAAAACAUCUGGUAGCAAUAGCACGGCGGACAAUUCAAAAGAUGCAACUAACAAAAAUUUUUCUAUGACUGAUAUGUAUAUUGACAAUUGCGAUACCAGUGAAAACGUUGGUCAAAUACAUUUCUCGCUCGAAUACGAUUUUCAAAAUACAUCACUCAUCCUAAAAGUACUUCAAGGAAAAGAACUACCUGCUAAAGAUUUAAGUGGCACCUCAGAUCCAUAUGUGCGUGUCACAUUGCUGCCAGACAAGAAGCAUCGUUUGGAAACCAAGAUUAAAAGACGUACUCUUAAUCCCCGCUGGAAUGAGACAUUCUAUUUUGAAGGGUUUCCUAUACAGAAGUUACAAUCGCGGGUUUUACAUUUACAUGUUUUUGAUUACGAUCGAUUUUCACGGGACGAUUCGAUUGGUGAGGUUUUUUUGCCACUUUGCCAGGUCGAUUUUGGUACAAAACAAUCUUUUUGGAAGGCCCUGAAGCCUCCUGCAAAAGAUAAAUGCGGAGAAUUGCUUUCCUCUCUCUGCUAUCAUCCAUCUAAUUCAAUACUCACUUUAACUUUGAUCAAGGCUCGUAAUCUGAAAGCGAAAGACAUCAACGGAAAAUCAGAUCCGUAUGUGAAAGUCUGGUUACAGUUUGGAGAAAAGCGCAUUGAAAAGCGUAAAACACCUAUUUUUAAUUGCACGCUAAAUCCAGUCUUCAAUGAGUCAUUCAGCUUUAAUGUACCCUGGGAAAAAAUAAGAGAAUGUUCUUUGGAUGUUAUGGUCAUGGAUUUUGAUAAUAUUGGACGAAAUGAGUUAAUUGGACGAAUUUUGUUAGCUGGUAAAAACGGAUCGGGUGCCUCUGAGACCAAACAUUGGCAGGACAUGAUUUCGAAACCACGACAAACUAUUGUUCAAUGGCAUCGCUUGAAGCCGGAAUAAGGAAAUGCUACCCACAUAUGUACCUGUGCACCCCAUUUGAACGGCGAAAACUGCAGAUUCAUGUAGAUCAAUAAAUAUGUUGUUAUAUCAAAAAGAAGCCUGAAACAAACCAACACGGAUCAGUUUUGUCAUUACCAUGUGCAUAUAUGUAUGUAACAAUAAUUUCAAAGAAUUUAAUAGUUUGCGCUUGUGCAACAUAAUUAUACAUAUAUCACACAAACACAAAACCACACAAACGAACAAGUUUAUGUACAUUAACUAAAUUGGGAGUUAUCACGUUUUGAAUAAAAAAAAAUAUAAUUUGUGUUUAUAUAAAAAAUUUAAAAAGAACAAUAUUAAAUAAUAACGAAGAAGUUUUGGUUUUGGCGACGUUCAACGUUCGAUACCCGCUAAACACGCAUUCACAUCUCUAAACUGUAUCAAUCUGAUUCUUUUGAACCAUGUAAUGCAGAUUACAUCGCGGACAUAUAGAGACAUAACAGUUAGAUAAAUAAAUAACAUUACAGUGCACCAGAAUAAUCAUCGUUUUUUGUUCCGUCAUUUUAAAUACUAACUAUUCUAUUCGCGUGUUUUCUAUAAAUACCAAAGUUCAUAGAAAUGUGUACAAAUAUGUUCUCCUCAAGACAACCUAUACGUAGAUAAAUGUGCAUGUUCUUAACAAAUGAUGUUCAAAAUUUAACUGGAAAUAGAGUCAAGAAUGAAUGCAGCAAGCUUCAUAUAGCAAGUUGUGCGGCGACGUGGGCCUCUAGUCCGUGUAAACGGACAGUGAAACACAUUUUUCACGAGUUUCGAGAACGCAAAUCACGCUACCCUGUAAAGACGUUCAAAAUAGUCGGCGAGUUCUUUAUUUAAAUUUUAGUUGCUUGUUGGCGUACAAUAGAGAAAAUGUACCCCAUCUACCCACAGCCUACAUUUCUAUUAUAGUAAUGCAAACUAAUUCAAAUAUCUGGAAUGUGAAAGCAAAAGUUCAUAUUUUGCUUGUGCAUGAACUAGUUUAGUUACUUAGUUGCUGAGUUGUGAAUUAAGUUCAAAAGAAAUAGCCUAUUCAAAGAAGUUUUUGCAAAGAGAUAUUCGAAACUUACUUUUCUUUUCAACACCAGAAAGUCGUAACUACUUUACGUCAAAAAAUUAUACCGGCAAUUUUUGUUAGCUUUAUAGAGAUAUACGUUUUGUUAUAAGAUGUCACUUAUUAGGGGAUUUAAUAAAUACUUAUGAUCCGUCGUAAAGGGUAAAGCUUUCUUUCCAGAUCCUUUUUAUUUGAGAUCUUGAAGCCUUAUUUACAGGAUUCAAAUUAAUUUAAUAUCUUUCUUAGUAAAAUUCCAGCCAAGACUGAAAAAUAAUUCCAAGAAUUCGCUAGAAGCAAUCAAAAUGUCAGCUCUGUGCGAUACAUGUUCUUCUGUAUUUAUUUAAUAGAUAUUGAUGUCUACUACUAGGUAACAUUUCGCUUACCAUUGGAGAAAUGCCUGCAAAAAGUUUUUAUUUAUAACUUCGAUUUUCGAAAAACUAAAUAAACAAAUUUCGCGCUGAAGAAAAGUACGUAUGCGUUAUCGACUAUGUGACGAACGCAUUCAGGUAUUAACGAAAGAUAGAAUUAUUAUAUUUCUGCCCUUUCUUACGGCAAGAAACCUGCCUUAAGCCUGCUACGAUCGCUUAUUAGUUAUGAUAGCUGUAUUUGAAUAAGUGAUUUCACCUGUUUCAGGGUAAACAAUAGGGAAUAAACAAGAAGAUCGCUAAAAUUUUCUGUAUCAAAGUAUAUUUUAAUUUUUCUUAAUAUACGCUUUAUCAAGCUCGUGAUUUUCAUUGCUUUAUUAAUAAUAUACUAGAAGGUGUAUAUUUCCAUCAUCUUAAAUUCCCAUUUAUCACCAUUUGCAAAAUUCGUAUAAAGCAAACAUACGUAAAUACGUGAUUCUAGGUUUUCUUACUUAAAGAUUUUCUGUGUGGAUGUCUUCAAAUUUUUGUGAAAACAUUUUCAUGAGUAAAUCCGAUGUCCGCAAGAAUAUUGAAAGAAACCACUUUAAUUUUUUCACCACCAUAACUACGAAUUAUAAACUAGAACUUAGUAACCGC